AUGAGACUGAUCAAUGUCGAGACAUAUGAGCUGGAGCAAUUUGCAGAGCAAGAAUGUCCCAGCUACGCCAUCCUGUCACACACAUGGCAAGGCAAGGAAGUAACAUUUUCGGAAUGGAACGACUGGCUUACCGGCAAACACGAGGGCGAUACACCGGGCAUUCAAAAGAUCACAGCAUUUUGCAACGAGGCAAAUCGUUUUGAGGUGUUUCGAAUCAAUCAACGAUAUGCAUGGGCAGACACCUGCUGCAUCAACAAGCAGGAUCCGACAGAGCUGUCGGAGGCCAUCAACUCGAUGUUUCGCUACUAUCAAAAUGCACAGGUGUGCAAGGUGUAUCUUGCCGAUGUUGACGAGCAGCCCGGAAGUGAAAGCAUGAUAGCGGCAAUCUGUCGCAGUACUUGGUUCAAUCGAGGUUGGACUUUGCAAGAACUAUUGGCCCCGACCCGCCUCGAAUUUCUGAACUCGCACUGGAUGUCUCUCGGCAUUUUAGGCGAUGACAAAGAUCUGACAGAGGCCAUUGCUCAGAGGACUGGCAUCAGCACCGCUGUCCUCCGCCGUCGGGCAAGCCCUUCUGAGUUCAGUGUCGCUACCCGUCAGCUCCUGGCACCCUCCCCACUUCACUUUGAGUAUGCGUUGAACAAUGAGGUUGUACAACACUAUCAAGAUGUGGACGGUUGGGUGGAAGCGUAUGGACUUACGAAUCUGGGCCUCAGACUUCGCCUACCGCUUCUUAGGUGCGGCAAGAUGCCCUCGGCGUACCACCCGAUCCUCAACUGCGCCUUCAGGAAAGAUUGCGAAGGGCCUCUGGCGCUGACGGUGCGACGUCGAGGGCAGAAGGGCGAUAAAGGUUACCUCGUCGAGCACAUCUAUGAGUGCUGUGCUAUCGCGAUCGACAACGACUACCCACACGUCAGCAAGCUUCAUUUCAGUGGCAACUCCAUCCCUGCAAGCUCCAGCAAAGUUUGCUCUGCCACGCAUUUGUCACGCAUGAGUAUCGUCUCGGAAGAAUUGCUGUUGGAGCAAGGAUACGUGAAGAACGCUGUUACUAUCUCCCGAGAAAGCGUGAGCAAAGUGCCACCGGCUUCUGCACUUCCGAGAGACUGGUACAAUAACAAGGCUGCCUCCUCGGCACCAAGGAUCAGACUCAGAUUCGACGGUAACACGGAUCUGCCUCUACCGAAGCGUGGUGACUACUUUCCUCAGGACAAAUGGCUGCAGAGCGAAGAUGUUUUCGUAUCGCAAGGUGAUUGUGGCAUUAUCACAUAUAAGAGCGACUGGCUGCCCGAUCUCGCUUUCGUGGUAGGGUACAAUCGGCCAUGGGCGCCACUCGAGCUAGGCGUGUUCGAGUUGACUGGUACCACCGCACUUGAAGUUCUACAUAUUGUAUCUGGCGUUGACUCCUGGUUUAUCAUGGCGCCAGGUGAUUCAAGAAAUUUCUCCUGGUCACGACAGAUUGGGUUUACGGCGAAACUUGAGACACGAAAAGCGAUGGGGACACAGUUUUUGACUCUGCACAUAUGCAUGCAGAUUUGGAAUAAGACACCCGAUGAGCUGAUUGAGCCCUGGACAAAGGAUCGCUACUUGGCGGCAGCAUCUGAACGGUAUGCUCCGCAAGCUCCCUCUGCUGGCUUCUUCCAGAACAGAUCUGCUGUUCUUGUUGAGCUGACAGAUUGCUGA